UGGCAUCUCUAUUUGGUAGCCCUUUACGCAAGUUGUGUAGAUUGCGGCAUCGCGGGUCAAUACUUUUGUUUGGUUGUCCGACUUUGUCUUGAAACUUAGAAAUAAUUGUAUUUAGAAGGCAUUUUAAUUGUUUCCCAGAUGGAGAGGGAGGACAGUGUGUAUAAAGCGAAGCUAGCCGAGCAAGCGGAGCGCUAUGAAGAGAUGGUGGAGGCGAUGCAGACGCUCGCCUGUCUGGACGUCGAGCUGACGGUCGAGGAGCGCAACCUGCUCUCGGUGGCCUACAAGAACGUGAUCGGCGCGCGGCGCGCCUCGUGGCGCAUCAUCUCCUCCAUCGAGCAGAAGGAGGAGACCAAGUCGGCAGAGGAGAAGCUGGAGAUGAUCCGCUCCUACCGCAUCAAGGUGGAGAAGGAACUGAAGGACAAGUGCGGCGAGAUCCUGCAGCUUCUCGACUCGCACGUCAUCCCGUCGGCCACCACAGAGGAGUCCAAGGUGUUCUUUCACAAGAUGAAGGGCGACUACCACAGGUACCUGGCAGAGUUCGCCACCGGAAACGAGCGCAAAGACGCCGCCGAGAACUCCCUGCUGGCCUACAAGGCGGCUACGGACAUCGCCAUGACCGAGCUGCCGCCCACACACCCCAUUCGGCUGGGCCUGGCGCUCAACUUCUCCGUGUUCUACUACGAGAUCCUCAACUCUCCGGACCGGGCGUGCCGGCUGGCCAAGGCGGCGUUUGACGACGCCAUCACCGAGCUGGACCGGCUCUCCGAGGAGAACUACAAGGACUCCACGCUCAUCAUGCAGCUGCUGCGCGACAACCUGACGCUGUGGACGUCCGACAUGCAGACAGACGGAAAGGAAGGCGAGGCCGGUACCGGUGAGGAGGCGCCCGCCGUCCAGGACGUCGAGGAACAGGACGUGGCGUAACCGGCCGGCCGGCUGCGCUGUGUCGGCGCCGGCCAGCGCCCAGUUCAGUAUUGUUGCGGUCACAGACACUCAGACACACAGACAUACAUACAGACGGUAUUCACACACGCCUCACCUGGCACACUCGGCGCGCCGGGGGCCGGCGGCGACCAGCCGCCGAUCGCUACAACCGCGCCGGGAGUCUGCGGGACAAUUUUUUAGUCGGAUGGUUAGUUGGGCCGGUGCACUGUGCGCCGACUCUGCGCGUCGCCCGUUGUGUCAAUCAAUUUUCACUUCAUUUCUCAUUGUCAUUGCGUCGUGUCCCCGCGCGGCGGGGCGCUGCUUCGUCUGACCAUUUGGUGGUUUGCCGCGCGGCACCGGGACGGUGUGCCCCGCCGGCUGGGCUGACCCGGCGGCGGCGGGGCCCCGCUCCGGCGCCCGCCGGCUAGCCGCCGGCCUGUGAUGUCUUGUGCGCCGUGCGUGUGUUUUUUAUUAUGAUUUGUUGGGUGGCGGCGCGCCUGUCGCGCUGCUCUCGUUACCCGCGCGCUGCGCGUGCGUUCCUAGUUAUGUUUGUAGUGCUGGUGGUAGGCGCGCGCGGGUUUGUAUCUCUGGGUUUCUGCCGCCCCCGCCUCUGCGCCGCCGGGUCUGGGUAUACUCACCGCCGGAUGACCCGGUCAGGUCACCAAAGUCAGCAGUGGGUGACCUUCAGUCUCUGCGGGUGGACCCUUUGGCCAUCACGGCGUCAGGCCCGGUAACUCAGCGUUCUUUAUGGGGGCAUCAAGGCAGCUCAAUGCGUCGGAAACCUGCUUAAAUGUAACGCUUAUUCCACGAGAAACCCAGGGUAUGGUAGCACUUCAGUCGGAAAAGUAUGCCGUCUUCGGCCACCGGGCGGUCCCAGGGCGGCACUGGCCUGCCCUCUGGUGGCGGCGGCGGCCUGUCUGCGCCUGUGUUCCUAUCGGCGGCGUGGGGUGUCGCGUCGACCGUCCUCACGCCGUCUCACUGCCCAGCUCUCUGACCUCUCCUCCUGUCCUCUCUCCGCUGCUCUGCCCGCUCCCACCCCCCACCCCCACCCCCUCGCCGGCGCUCCGGCCGGGCCCGCGCGCGGCCCUCGGCUCGUCGUUUGAUCUCUUGUUGACAUUCCAUGCGGCGGCGCCGUCUGGUGCCGCGCGCCACUCUUCGUGAUCUCGUGCUACUCGGGUGUCGGCUGUUGGGUUUUGCGCGGUCGGCGUGCGCUGUUGCCUCACUGGCUGUUGCCUCACCGUGUCUCUGUGGCUGUCUCUCACUGUCCCACCAUGCCUCACCGGGUGUCUCUGCCUCACAGUAUUUACCGACCGGCUCUGUCUCACCGUAUCCGUGCUCUCUGUGGUCUGUCUCAUUCCUGUCAUUUGCUCACCGGUUCUCACUUUAAACGGCUCUUGGUGGGUGUGAUGGUACGGUUUACACGACGCCCCGGCCAGAGAGGAGAAUUCGAUAACAAUCGGUAUUUAUUCAGUCGUAGCUCUCAGUGUUUGAGGAUAUUCUGUCGGAGGUACUCGGGAUUGGUGUGCCAGCUCUGAUCCAUCGCUGGCCAGGCGGCGCCAGACUGGCAGACGUGCCCGCAGACAGACAGACAGACUGGCUUUAACGGGCGGGACCCUGCACGCGUCCGACCUUGUUCUGUUUGCCUCAGCCGAGGUACCCUCAUUGUCUUUGGAAAUAAAUUAUUGUUUAAACAACG